CAGACUGUACGCUACAGGAUUAGAUGGUGCACAAAAAAGAUUAUAGUGUCACAUGGUGGACCCUCCAAAUGGUGGUUUCCAGUAGCUUACUUAUCUCUUUCAGCUAUCCCACAAUUCACUUGGGAUGGGCGUAGGCUCACGUAGCAACAGCAUCACAAAGGUUCAGCUCCUCCUUGCUGUACAGAGGGAGGGAGAGACAGAGUGGAUCAGGGUCAGAUGAAUUCCAAACGGAGUGCCGGUGGCAGUGUGUGCAAAUGAAGAGAGAGGGGUGUGCAUGUGUGUGAGAGAGGACAAGUCAGAGAGGGCUGGAGAGAGAAUUGUGUGUGUACCAGAGAAAGAGAGAGAGGCAGAGAGGAAACCCAGGCAGGAGGAGACGUAAGGAGAGGAACAAGAAGUGGGGCAGUAGGUAAAAAACAAGAUAAGAGAACCCGGUCUGAGACGGAAGAUGGCUGAGCCAGAGCUGAAAUCGAGAAGCAGUCGGGAGAGUGUUGCCAAGGCGGCGAGCCAGGAGAAGAUGGGAGCAAUUGACCAAGAUGGUGUUAUUGUGGAGCAACUAGCAUCACCAUCAGCCCCCAUGGUUUCAGCACCAACUGCCACAACUCCCACCAACAGUCUGGCUGACAAGGGUGAAAAGAUUGUGCUGAAGCGCAGCAUUACGCUCUUCAACGGAGUGGGAAUGAUCAUAGGCACCAUCAUCGGCUCAGGCAUUUUCGUUACUCCAACUGGCGUAGUCAAAGAGACCGGCUCAGCUGGCCUCUCCUUGAUCGUCUGGUCUGCAUGUGGAGUAGUGUCUACCAUGGGCGCCUUAUGUUAUGCUGAGUUGGGCACGACCAUCGCUAAGUCUGGCGGAGACUAUACUUAUAUCCUAGAGGUGUAUGGUGAACUGGCAGCCUUUCUAAAGCUGUGGGUGGAGAUGCUAAUCAUUCGGCCAUCAUCGCAGUAUGUGGUGUCACUGGUGUUUGCCACCUACCUUCUUAAACCCCUCUACCCCAGCUGUUCUGUGCCAGAUAGUGCUGCUAAACUCAUUGCCUGCCUGUGUCUAACUUCUCUGACAUUUGUGAACUGUAUCAGUGUGAGGGCAGCCACCAAAGUCCAGGACUUGUUCACAGCUUCUAAAUUAUUAGCUCUGAUCAUCAUCAUCCUCUUUGGUUUCAUCCAGAUUUCUACAGGUGACGUGCCGUAUCUGACACCAGAAAAGGCAUUUGAAGGCAGCAAACUGGGAGUAAACAAUAUUGUCUUGGCACUCUACAGUGGUCUCUUUGCUUUUGGUGGCUGGAAUUACCUGAACUAUGUAACUGAGGAGAUGAUCAAUCCAGAGAGGAAUCUGCCCCUGGCUAUUAUCAUAUCGAUGCCUAUAGUAACGGUGGUGUAUGUUCUAACUAACUUGGCCUACUUUACCACCAUAUCUCCUCAAGUCAUGGUGGAGUCAGAGGCUGUUGCUGUGAGUUUUGGGGAGUACCAUCUUGGUGUGAUGUCCUGGCUGAUUCCUGUCUUUGUAGGAUUGUCUUGCUUCGGAGCUGUCAACGGAUCUCUCUUCACCUCAGCUCGCUUGUUCUAUGCUGGAGCUCGAGAGGGUCAACUCCCUGCUGCUCUGGGGCUGGUUCACACAGACCUGUUCACACCUGUGCCGUCCCUCAUCUUCACAUGUUUGCUGUCAAUGAUGUAUGCCAUUUCCCAGGACAUCUUCUCUGUCAUCAAUCUGUUCAGCUUCUUCACUUGGUUGUGCGUUGGUAUGGCCAUAGCCGGCUUGGUGUGGUUGCGGUUGACCAAACCCAACCUCAGACGGCCUAUCAAGGUAUAUCUUUUCAUCCCGGUAACUUUCGUGUUGGGGUGUGUCUUCAUGAUCGUCGUGUCUUUUUGGGCUGCUCCGUAUGAGUGCCUGAUAGGCAGCAGCAUUAUUCUCACAGGCGUCCCUGCAUAUCUGCUGGGCUACAAGUGGAAGAAACCCCAUAUGGUCAAGAAGAUGCUGGAAAUCUUCACAAUGUUCUGCCAGAAGAUCUUCAUGGCUGUUCCCGAGGAGAAGGAGCAGCGUGAGGAGACUGAGUGAUGCUGGAUGGACUGAACCAGAUAAAAAACAGAUGUUUUUUUGGAGUGUUUACAUUCAUUCACCUGUAAUUUGGCUGCCACAUUUUUUUUUACUUUGUUUUACCAGGUAACUGUGGCAGAAAUUCAUAUCUACAAGAGCGAGAGGCAAGCUUGGAAAAGGAGAAUUUAUUUUAUGACCUCCUCUUCAAUAUUAAAUCAGGAAUCAGCAUUUAGGUAUUUUCCACUUCUUUUUUUAAAGUAACACGACCUGUUAGUUACACCUCCUUUAAUAUUAAAACAUGCUGUUAUUGGAGAGCUCUGCUUUUAACUUGAGAUUAUGUGCCACAAGCACAUAAUAGUUAUUCACUGGAAAAACAAUCAAAAUCUGCACACAAUACAUUUUACUGGCCUAUAGU